CGCUGCCUCAGGGGGGGCCGCGGCGCGGCGCGGGGGGCGGAGGAGCCGGAGGGCGGAUGGCAGCGGUGGCUGCGGGAGCCGCUGCCCGCGCCGAGGCGGCCGCGGCGGGACAGAGGCCUCGCUGAUGGUGUCGCCAGGCCCCUGCUCGCCAUGGCCAGCGCCCCCCGCGCGGGGCCGGCGGCUGCGGGGCCCCGCCUGCGGGCCUUGGCCGCGCAGGUCCCCGAGAGCGGGGAACAGGACAUCCCCCUGCUGCUCCUGAAGCUGAAGGAAAUUUUAAACAGUGCUUCCUUGGGAUGUGAAGAAUCAAAAAAAAUUAAGCAAGAUAUAUAUGAUUAUGGUCUUACUCAGUACUGCAUGCUGGUCCUUAGACAAGAUCACUCCAGACUGCGUGGAGGCUGGGCUACUGCUGCCCAGCUAGCAGAGAUCCUAAGUCAUUGUUGUGUAGGACUGGAGGUGAAAGAAGAUCCUGAGGACUUUUACAAUAAAUUCCUUCCUUCAGUGAUAGACAACCUGCUGGUUUUGGGAAGACGCUUGCAAGCACGGUUUACCCGAGCAAUCAAGGAUAAGCAAGAUUUUUUACGUUGGUUCCAAACAGUAACUGAUGCCACCUGCUGGCUGUUCAGUGGACAUGUUCAACUUGCAGCAUGCGUACUGCAAAAUGAGAACUUCCUGCAGUUGUUAAUAACAGAUGAUGUUGAAACCGCAAUUAUAAUGAUGUCUGUUUUACACAAUCUUUUGAGCGUCAGUAGUUCUGUCUUGCUUCAGGUUGAUGAAGAGACCCUCCACACUGUUUUGGAUGAACUUGUUUAUAAGCUUUCAUCUACCACCAAUCCUGUCAUAGGAAGUGCUGCUACAAAACUGCUGUUGUUGGUGGCAAAAUGUUGCCAGCAGCUUGUGAAGUUACUCACAGCUCGCUACAAAGGAUUGAAAAGACUUUUAAGUAAGCAGUGGACUGGCAGAGGAUUUGACAGGGAUCUCAGUCAACUCUUGGACCUGUUGUCCUUGGAACAAUCCAAUGGAAAAGCAGAAAUGCAGAGGCAGCAUCAAGCAGCUUGUAUAAUCCAGGCUACGUGGAGGGGAUUUCAGACAAGGAAAAGGCUGAAAAAACUACCCCAAGCAGUGACCACUUUACAGAGAAGCUUCAGGGCUAAACGGGAACAGAAGCUGCAGCAGUUAAAAAAACAGAAGGAAGAUGAGGCUCUGAAACUACAAAUUCAACUUAAGAGACAGAGGGCCAUGAGACUCUUCCAUGAACGACAGCUGGCCUUUCUGGAAAUAAUCCAUGCCAGUCAGGUAAAUAAGUAUAUGGAGGAAACAGAGAGGAAAUCAGCAUUAACUAUCCAGAGAUUCUGGCGAGGAUAUAGAGCAAGAAGAAAUUUUCAUCAACAGAGACAAUCUCUUAAGGAGUAUAAAGCAGCUGUCAUCAUUCAGAGAGCAGCUUGUAAAUUCUUGGAAAAACGAAGAAGGAGGAGACCUCUCUCUCCUUGGAAAGAUCCCAAGGGAGUGACAGAUGAGCAGAGACUGGCUUUGCAGCAGAAGGUGGAUGACUACAUCAAACUGCAUCCGGCUUCCCAAAUGUCAGAAGAAAUGAGUAAGGAAUUACAUAUGCAGGCCCAGGAAAAGCUGGCACAGUUCCUGUUGAGGAGCAGACUGGAUAGGAGAGCAGCGCAGCGCAGAGAGGCAUUACUGGCUCAGGUCAACACUGAUGUGGAGCUGCUAAUGAAUGCUCCAGGGUUAGCAGAGACCACAGAAAAAGAUCUUGAUGUCUUUAUGAGUCGAUCAAUACCUGUAGCUACCAAGGCAAGACAAUCCCACAACACUAUGCUGAAACACACUCACUGGCCAUGGUGGAAGAAGCUUGGAGAGGAGUUUGAGGAGGAUGAUGUCAUUCCUGAUGAUGCCCUAAAUGCAGAACUGGGAACUCUAUUCAUUGGUGGGAAGAAAUCCUUUUAGGUAACAGGCAGAAGAAUUCCUCACUCAGCUUGACUCAUACCUUGCACUAUGCAUUCACUUGGGUGUGUUUUAAGGAAGGAAAACACUUGAACUGUAAGACAAAGCACUGAAAAAAGACCAAAGCCUUCUUUUAGUACAUUUUACUUAUUAAGAACAUCUUCCUGUACUUCAAGUUAGAUCCUACAGAUUGUGCUGUUGCAAAUAGGAUUGAAAUACUGUAGUUGUAAAUGAGGAUAUUUUGUAAUUUGUAUCACUUUAAAAGUAAGUUCAUAA